GCGAGUUGUCGGAGCAGUUCUGACGAUGUUCUUGAGGAGCGACGGAGGUCCCACUCGCGCUCAAGGCAUAGAGGCUCGGACGAGGAGGAGCCUAGUUGUAGCAGACGAUCUCCUGAGGUUCAUCGGCAUUCUCAGUCUCAGCGGGAGCCUCAACUUCCUCAGCCGCUUCAGGAGGCUCAGUGGCAGCAGCCUCAGUCUUCCCAGCUGUUCCAGCACUUUCAGGGUCAGGGUCAGGGUCAGUGGCAGCGGCAGUCGUUUUCACAGUCUUCACAGCCUGAGUUUAGGCCAUUUAUCACUCCUGUGGAUCAUGGCUUAUAUUCAGCUCCAUCGUCUGGGGGCUUCCUCCACCGAUGCAAGGCUUAUUUUCAGUUCCAGUGUAUUGGACGAUGCCUCCACCGACGCUUCCUACCUCUUUUGCCAGUUGACGGGUCCUGCUUUGAGUUUGACUGCUACUGGAGUUACAGGGACUAGUAGGGAUACUACUCAACGUACCCGGAUGAUGGCGGGACUCUUUGGUUCACCGCUCCCGUAUUCACAGGCUGAAGAUGACACUGAUCCUCACUCUUCUAGUUCUACAGAUUUUUAAUCGAGGGUCUUUAUUUGUACAUACUGUGAUGACACUUGACGCUGUUUAUUUAUCAUGACUCAUUUUGUACA